AUGGCAUCGUUCCGAGCAUUCUUGAACAGUCCAGUUGGUCCAAAAACAACUCACUUUUGGGGACCUGUUGCGAACUGGGGCUUCGUUGCUGCUGGAUUGGCAGAUAUGAACAAACCUCCAGAAAUGAUUUCUGGCAACAUGACAGCAGCAAUGUGCGUUUAUUCUGCAUUGUUUAUGAGAUUCGCAUGGAUGGUACAGCCUCGCAACUAUCUACUUUUGGCAUGCCAUGUCUCAAAUGAGACUGUCCAACUCUAUCAACUCUCUCGCUGGGCAAGGGGUCAGGGGUACUUUACCCAGAAGAAGGAUGAACCGGCGUCCGAGUAG